AGUAACAUCGGCAAGGCGUAGUAAUCAUGAUGUGGGGCUUCGCGACGACGACAACCAUGGUGGCGGCAGUGUCGUCAAGCGUGUCGGCAUUCGUUUUGCCGAUGUCAACCGCGGGGACUACUGCCGUGGCAUCGCGACCUGGUUGCAAGUCUGCUGGUGUGGCACCGCGAAGAGCUGCCGAGGCAGAUGCGGCGGCCAUCGAUGACCCUCGCGUAAAGGAGAUGCCCAAGAACAGGGAUCGACCAGACAAGUACACGGGGCAGUGCUUCGUGGUGAAGGACAACAUCGACACCGACCAGAUCAUCCCGGCGGAGUACCUUACUCUCGUGCCGUCUAAUGCCGAUGAGUACGAAAAACUGGGUUCAUACGCCAUGAUCGGACUUCCGGAUGUCUACACCACACGUUAUGUGGAGGAGGGGUCUAUGGCAACGCGGUACCCCAUCAUGAUCGCUGGAGACAACUUCGGGUGUGGCUCCUCGCGAGAGCACGCACCGAUCGCUAUGGGGGCGGCGGGAACUCGGGUUGUCGUGGCAGAGUCUUACGCAAGAAUCUUCUUCCGGAACUCCAUCGCCACAGGGGAGCUGUACCCGUACGAGUGUCAAGAGCGACUGGUCGAUGCCUUCACCACGGGAGACGACGUGACGGUGGACCUCACAACAGACACUCUCAUCAACCACUCCACUGGCAAGGAGUACCCCCUCAACCCCUUGGGAGAUGCCGGGCCGGUGAUCAACGCAGGAGGGUUGUUUCCCUAUGCCAUUAAGACCGGCAUGAUCAAGAAGAUGGACGAGUAAGGACUCUGGACAAAUACUGUACGGUCCAAGAGACGAGACUAGUUUGAAGCUAACAGAAGCGAACAGCAUCAUCACCCCCGAAGUGUUGCAGGGCGGGAGCGAGCGAGGGAGCACGGAGGAAGUCAUUGUCACGGCUACGGCUACACCACUCGGCUACUGUUUUUGCGUGGCUUUCGCUGUGUUGAAUGGGGGGGAAAUUUGAAUCACACGAGAUAGACCCAAGGUGUUGGCUGGGUACGUGGUAGCGGUGCUCCACUGCUGUUAUACUUGGAAGUAUUUUGUUACGGGAGUAGCCACCAACACCACCACCACCUGGUCUAUCUCGACCGUAGCGCGAACGGAAACGUAACAGAACGGGAAUGUCCAUGGCCAUUAAAUGCGUGUGCAACUCGCGCAAAGAACGUAGGAUAAUCGUUCAACUUAAUGUAAUGGUAUUCUUGUCCUUUUC